AUGGGGAGAAGAUUAAGCAUGCAAGAAAAGGUCGACCAGGGUCAUGCAAUACUAAAUCAAUUGGAGAGAGCCUGCUUAUUGGAAAGUGAUUCAGAUAGACAUUUAAAGAUGCAUGAUUUAAUCAGAGACAUGGCAAUAUGGAUCACUCAAGAUAACCCGAGGUACAUGGUAAAAGCUGGACUUCAAUUAGAGGAAUUACCAGAGGAGCGAGAGUGGACAGAGGAUUUGGAUAAGGUUUCCUUGAUGUUCAACAAUAUAGAGGAAAUUUCAUCUGGCACUUCACCCAAGUGUCCAAGUCUUUCCACCUUGAUCUUGAUGGCCAAUCCUCUGCGGUCGAUUCCAGAAUGUUUCUUUAAGCAUAUGUGUGGGUUACGCACUCUCAAUUUAAGUGAAACUCGGAUUGGGUACUUGCCGAAGUCCAUAUCAGACUUGGAGAAACUUGAUGCAUUAUUGCUCAAAAAGUGUUCGGAUCUGGUAUCAGUGCCAUCAUUGGAAAAGCUCAAGGAAUUGAGACAUUUGGACCUCGAACGUACUGCUAUUGUAAAAGUACCCCAAGGUAUGGAAAGCUUAACCAACCUCAAACACUUAAGCUUGUUUUGUAGUCGCUUAAAGAUGAUACCGACGGGGACUUUGCAUAGACUCACACAUCUUCAGCAACUCAAGUUGCCAUAUAAUUUAGAUGCACCAAUAGAAGAUGUUGAGGCAUUGAAACAGUUGGAAGCAUUUGAAGGCAGGUUAAAUAGCGCACGUGAUUUGAAUCGGUUCAUCAACUCAAAACAAAUUGACAAGCUUUUCUACAAUAUUUGUAUAGGUACUGAAUGCUCAUCAUAUAUUUUUAGAGAAAGGUUAGAUAGGCCCAAUUUACGAAAUAAAUAUAUAAGCUUUGGAAAGGACAGUCUCAUGGAAUCCUCUUUAGACACGGAUGAGAAUAUGCUGCCACGAGAUGUCGAGAGUUUACUGUUCGAAACUAGUGGCUUGAGUGGUUGCUUAUUAGAUGAAUUUCCAAGUUUAAAUUAUGAUAGAGAUUUAAAAGAAUGCCAUAUACAUGGCGAGGAUAAAAUAGAGUGCAUUAUGAGGUCUAGUACUGGGGUCCCAUUCCAAAGCCUUGAAAGGUUGCAACUGUGUGACUUGCCAAAUUUAAUUGGUCUCUUCAAGUGGGAAGCAGUUGCACCUCUUCCACCUGGCACAUUUUCCUCUCUCAGGAAGUUGGAGAUUAAAAGGUGUGAUAAAAUCAAGAAGCUUUUCCCUCAGAGUUUGGUACAUAAUUUCCAUAACCUCCAAUAUUUAUCUGUCUCUAGGUGUUAUCAAAUGGAGGAGAUAAUAGGAGAUGACAACAAUGAAGGAGCUGAUAUCGCAUUGUCAAUGUUAGAGGACGAACAACAGUCUAGUAGUACUGGGGUCCCAUUCCAAAGCCUUGAAAAGUUGGAACUGCGUUGGUUGCCAAAUUUAAUUGGUCUCUUCAAGUGGGAAGCAGUUGUACCUCUUCCACCUGGCACAUUUUCCUCGCUCAAAAGUUUGACUAUUGGCUAUUGUGGUAAAAUGGAGAAGCUGUUCCCUCAGAGUUCAGUACAUAAUUUCUAUUACCUCCAAUCAUUACAUGUCUAUUGGUGUGAUCAAAUGGAGGAGAUAAUAGAAGAUGACAAUAAUGAAGGAGCUGAUAUCACAUUGCCAAUGUUAAAGAAAUUGACUCUGAGGCAUCUGCCACAAGUAUUGUGUCUGGAGAAUCUGCUACAACUAAAUAGCAUCUGCAAGGGAAAGAUGAUUUGUGAUUCCAUUGAGAAAAUUCUUUUGGUGCGCAUAGAAAAUAUAAAGAAAUUCCCUUUAAAUUUACCGCUUCUCCAUGGACAACUAUCUCCUCCCCCAUGUCUUACAUCAAUCGAUGUGCGCAGCUUGAAAGGAGGAUGGUGGGAAUCAUUGGAGUGGGACCAUCACAGUGCCAAAAAUGUCCUUCAACCCUUUGUUAGACAGACUUGCACCUACAAACAGAGAAAUGCAUAA